CAGGAGAGAGCCGGACUCCAGUUCAGAUCCCGAGACCCGCUGAGGACCGACACACACAGGCCGAAGAAAUGGAGACGAUUGAGAAAACACAGACAGCAAUCACAGACAGUGAUCUCUCAGAGCUGAUCAAAGCUGCGACUAAAGACAGUCACGUGCGCGCGGAAAACACCGAGCUGAUGCUGAGCUACCAGAGAGGACACGUGUCGCUUCAACAGUACCAGCUGCUCUUGUGUUCGCUGUAUAAGAUAUACGAGGCGCUGGAGGAAGAGCUGGACAGGAACGCUUCCCAUGAUGCCGUGGCUCCCAUAUACUUCCCUCAGGAGCUGGGCCGGCUGGAGUCCGUCGGGAAAGACCUGGAGCACUUCUACGGCCAGGACUGGAAGGAGAAGAUCACGGUGCCGGCCGCCACGCUGAGAUACGCCCGCAGACUGAGAGAGGUGGGCAGAGAUCACCCCGAGCGUCUGGUGGCGCACGCGUACACACGCUACCUGGGCGACCUGUCGGGGGGGCAGGUCCUGGCCCGCAUCACGCAGAAGUCAUUAGGCCUGAGCAACGGAGAGGGCUUGUCGUUCUUCUCGUUUCCGGGCGUGAGCAGCCCGAACCUCUUCAAGCAGCUGUACAGGAGUCGCAUGAACAGCAUCGAGCUGACGGAGGAGCAGAGGAGCGGCGUCCUGAGCGAGGCCGUCCACGCAUUCGAGCUCAACGUCCAGGUCUUUAACGAACUUCAGGACUCGGUGAGCCGCGUGUCAGAGACAGAACCGGAAAUAAGACAGAGACACACACAACACCAGCAGAACACGACGACCACAGCAGGCGCCGGAGUGUGUGAGUCACCGCAGGGAUCCUCGUCGCUGAUGCCCCGGCUCCUGCGGGCGCUGCUCGGCGUGUUUGUGGUUCUGGCCGUCGGGAUGGUCUACGCCUUUUAAAGCGGAAAUCAGUAGCACUCUGAAAACAUAACGGCAAAUAAACGUGUUAUUUUAUCAUAUCAGUAAUAAUUACCAUGAUUGUAUGUUAGUUCAUUUAUUCAAAUGACCUCUUGAGAAAUUCCUGUGUCAGAAUUAUUUUGUAACCAUUUGUAUAUAUAUUUUUAUAAUAAAAUUUUAAAUAUUGUACCUGA